CCUUGGGGCGAAGGGCAACUCUACCGUAUGAUUGCGGUAGAUCUUGGGAUGUGAGUAAUAAACCGACUCUUAUAAGGCACAUGAGUGUCUUUACGAGGCUUAGACAACUAAUCUAGGACACCUAAAUGAGACUUUUGAGAAAACAAUUCAGCUGUGGUUCCGCGACUGCCCAGGCGAGGAUCUCCUUCAGAAGGGAAUGUACUGUGUUGCCGAUACCAGGUUUCCUGCCCGCUCCUUCACUCACAAGUCUUGGUCGCACUAUAUCGAAGAUGGCGCCACCAUUCAGAUGUCUGUCAUCUUGCAAAUAUGUGCAGCUUGUGGUGGUAAGAUAUCCCUUAAAAAGCCGGGAGAACCUGCUUCCUGGUCAUUUGCAUUGCACCAAGCGCUACUUUGUUGUCAACACUGAUGCCUUUGCGUCAGCCACGAUCGACUUGAACCCCCUUGCGAGUAUGUACGACAAAGAUUAUGGCAAAACAUCGAUGUUGGGAACAUAUUCGGAGGGAUCGCUAUUCGAAUUUGGUAACUCCGCCGAGACGAGUCCGGCACAUCCGCAACAGCCCAUAAAGACACCAGAGUUAAAGCAUUCCUUGUACUUACACAACCCGCAACGUCGCUUAUCACAUAGGAGAUAAACGAUUCUAUCACACUUGGGCGUGGCAGGCCCCUCGCCUCGUCCGAAGAGUACAAGGUGGAUAGACCACACAGUUAACAGCUACGACUUCCACUCAGAGCCAUGCUCGCCGCGCGACAUAGAAAAGAUUCUAUCAUAUUUGGUGGUGGAAGGCUCCACCCCUCGUCCGGGACCUCAGCAACAGCUUACGAGCAGAAGCUGGAUAAACCAGACCUUUAAUAGCCAAUCCCUCCU